AUGGCUCAAGAUGGUCGUUCCGAAGACAAGCCAGAGGGCUUCUCUAAAUACCUUAAGCGUAUGAAGACCGUCCUCCGUCCUCGGUCAAUGUCCAAACGACAAUCUAUGACUCCUGGAGUAGCUGCUGCGACCGAAACUACAUAUAGUGCACCAGAGGCAAUACCACCACCUGUAACAUCGACACCGGAACCAGCUCCAGCUCCAGUACCAGUCCCAGCCCCAGCCCCAGCACCAGCCCAAGAGCUCAGCCAACCAGGUCCUGUCAUGAUCACCAACUACAGUACGACUCAGCACGAAAAGGCGCGUGCCCUCUUGGCCAAAUAUGGCCUGACUGUCGAUACCAGCGACUGGAAGACACCCCCGGAGCUCCAGAUAACCCGUGUAACGAAGCCAAUCCGCAUGCGAGUACGCCGUACCUGCCAUCGCUGCGAGACAACCUUCGGCGCAGAGAAAGUGUGUGUUAACUGUCAGCACACCCGUUGCACAAAGUGUCCCAGACACCCAGCCGCCCGCAACCAGGAUGGCGAGCCGUCAACCCGCAAGCCUAAGCUUCCAGAGACCUACGUCCACCAACCCCGUCUGUUCCCCAGGACCUCGCACCUCAAGCUCAGCACAACCAAGGAGAUCUCGUUGAAGAUGCCGUCGCCCACCGGCGGCCGGGAUUUCGUCCAGCGGCCGGUGCGCCAGCGUGUCCACCGUUACUGUCACUUCUGCGCCUCGCUCUUUACCCCCGGCACCAAGGAAUGCCCGAGUUGUAGCCAUGUGCGCUGCAAGAUAUGCCCGCGGAACCCGGCUAAACUUGAUAAAUAUCCUGAUGGCUAUGCGGGCGACGCCGAUCCGCCAAAACCUAAACCCGAGCGCACGUUCAAAAAGCCUCGUCGCAGAGUCCACUAUGUAUGUCAUGUCUGUGAGACUUGGUUCCAGGGUAAUGCGAACACUUGCUUGAAUUGCGGACAGGCGAAGUGUGAUGAAACUAAACGAAUUCCACCUAAGAAGGUCAAGCCAGAAACAAGCCCCGAGGUUCUUAGGAGUAUUGAAGAGAAACUAGCAGCCAUGGCGCUUGAACACAGACCAGACAGUGCUGAAGCGGCGGCUUGA